AUGUCUAUCCCGGCCAUAACUUCAAAGGAAAGUCCAGUAUCACCAUCAAAUGACAGCGCGCAUGAACCCUUUGGCUGUCCAACCCCAUAUGCCGAGCCAUUGUGGUACUCCCGCGACGUUUCUCCACAUUACACAACUUCUCAUCGUAAACUCCGCGCGGCAGUGCGGAAAUAUGUAGAUGAAGAGAUAUUGCCAUAUGCCUUUGAUUGGGAAUCCGCAGGCAAAGUACCAGACACGGCACGUGCAUGGAGACGUCAUGCCCAGCUAGGCUAUCUAGCAUUGAUCACGGGACUUCCAGAUGUAAAUUUACCCGGAGAUAUUAAAUUCGAGGAAUGGGACUCCUGGCAUAGUCUGAUUGUUACGGAUGAAAUUUCGCGUGUGGCUUAUACCGGAGUACUAUGGGGUCUCGGAGGAGGCAAUGAAAUCGGGGUUCCUCCAUUAGUCAACUUCGGAACAGAAGAACAGAAAGCUAAAUUUCUGCCUGGUGUUGCAAAUGGCAGUAUACGUUUUUGUCUUGGCAUUACGGAGCCUGAUGCUGGCUCCGAUGUAGCCAAUAUUAAAACGACUGCAAUCAAGAAAGACGACCAUUAUAUUGUAAAUGGCUCGAAAAAAUGGAUCACUAAUGCUAUUUGGGCUGAUUAUGUCACAGCAGCAGUUCGUACCGGAGGCGCUGGUGCAGCGGGAAUCUCACUCCUCAUCAUUCCUUUGAAAGCCGAAGGGGUCUCUCGGAGAAUGAUGCACAAUUCAGGUGUUGGUGCAUCCGGGAGCACAUUCAUUACAUUCGAUGAUGUCAAAGUUCCUGUGGAAAAUCUCUUACAUAAAGAAAAUCGCGGAUUUGAAGUCAUCAUGUCAAAUUUCAACGCUGAGCGCAAGACUCUUGCUACUUCGGCCAUUCGAUUGAGUAGAGUAUGUGCAGAGGACGCGUGGAAACACGCUUGUACGCGUGAAACAUUUGGAAAAAAGUUGAUUGAGAACCCAGUGAUUCGAGCAAAAUUCGUGAAGAUGGGAAGAAUGAUCGAACCUGCACAAGCAUUUCUGGAGCAAUUAACAUGGUUGAUUGAACUGAGUAGGAAGGGCGGAGAAGAUAAUGAUGUGAGGAUCGGAGGUAUGACGGCAAUGCUAAAAGUUGUUAGCACUCGCUGUCUUGAGAAGUGUGUGAGAGAAGCCCAGCAAGUUAUGGGUGGCUUGGGUUAUGCUCGAGGUGGGAAAGGUGGAAGGAUCGAAGCAAUUUCGAGAGAUGUACGGGUUAUGGCUGUUGGUGGUGGGAGCGAGGAAAUCUUGAGCGAGCUUGCAAUCAAAGAGGAGACAAAAGACCUAAGGAGAUAUCGAAGCACGUCGAGUAAGCUUUGA